AUGUCCACCAAGGCUAGAUACUAUUUGGAACAAUGCAUUCCUGAGGUUACAGACCUAAUUGACAAGGGGUUGUUUACCAAGAAUGAAAUAUCUACGAUAAUGAGCAAACGUACCAACUUUGAGCAUCGGUUAAGUUCCCGUGGAUCAUCAAUAAGUGACUAUAUUAGGUACAUUGAGUACGAGAAGAACGUUGAAAAGUUGCGGCAAAAACGUGUCAAGAGAAUAUUGCAGGAUGCGAGGACAAACAGUGUUUCAGAAUGGUCUAUACAACAAAGAAUUAUCUUCAUCUUCCAAAGGGGAUGCAAUAAGUUUCCGAAAGAGGUAAAAUUUUGGGCUAUGUUCCUGAACCACUUAAAGAGUAGUCCUCAUGUUUCAUAUAAGAAGGUACAAAACGUCUAUAACCAGUUGCUGAAGUUACAUCCCUCCAAUGUGGACAUCUGGAUUUCUUGCGCUAAGUAUGAAUACGAGGUGCAUGCGAACUACAAGAGUUGUAGAACUGUUUUCCAGACUGGUUUGCGCUUCAAUCCUGAUGUGCCUAAGUUGUGGUAUGAAUACGUGAAGUUUGAGUUGAAUUUUGUAACUAAACUAUUGCAUCGCCGGAAAGUUAUGAAUUUGAUUAACGAAAGAGAGCAGGAGCUAGAUAUGCAACAACAACAGGAGGUAGCAAAGAAAGAUACUAGCAUAGAUCAAGAAGCGCAGGACGAGCACACAGAAAAACUACAAGUUCCAUCGACUGGGGAUCAAAUGAAGGACAAAUUAAAUGAGCUACCGGAUGCUGAUAUGAGUAUGCUGGGAACAGAGGAGACGAAUCCGGCUCUACGUGGUGAAAUAGCAUUGGUAGUUUAUGAUCUCGCAAUGAGAAAGCUUGCAGAAGACUACAUCCGGAAACGUAAUGGGUACUAUUCUAACAGCGAUAGCAAACUGGACUUGGAGUUGAAACGUAAUGCUUUAGAGUUCGUGUUCAAGCUUUCAUUGGAAUAUAUUAAACUUUUUGACAGUUUUGAAGAUCUAAAUAGGGAAUACCUGAUACAUCAUGUCGUUCAAUACUUGAAGAACUUGCAAUUCGACGACAUCACGGUAGAGAACUCGAUGCCUGACAUAUACGUGCAAGUUUUGAUCCAGGAUAUUGUGAUGAACAUACGAUACAUGACCCCAGAAACAUUAGAGAUCGACGAAUUGCAGCUGUCAGUCAAAAAAUACCUUGCAUAUAAGAGCAAGUGCUCAAGCGAAAAUGUGAAGAAAUUGAGCACUGCUUACACGUCAUACAUUCAAGACCGCUUCUUAUUUGAGAUGAGCAAGUCCGAAGAUCCUAGAUACAGGAUCCUAAACGCAAUUGUAAAGAAGUUAUAG